CAGCCCGCCCCGGCCGGCCACACCAUGCCGAACAGGGCCGGCCUGGACACCGCGCUGAAGAUGUCCCUGCGGCGGAAGUCCUCCAAGAUCCACUCCUCGGCCGAUUACCAUGAGGAUCACUUUAAUCAGCUUUGAGACCUGCUAAUGCUGUAGAGAUCUUUGAAGGACUACCGCUGUUUUCAUCUCCAUGCAGCCAGUGCAAGAAGGAACGAACAUCAUGUCUCUGUGCCAUCGCUGGAAGAGAUGCUUCUCUCUAGGACCGGUCUGUUCAACAUCGGGCUAUAAGAAGGCGGAUGAUGAGAUGUCCGGAGCCACGUCCGCGGCGGAUCUGGACGAGGCACCAGCCCGCACCAUUUACUUGAACCAGCCUCAGCAGAGCAAGUUCCGCGACAACUGGGUCAGCACAGCCAAGUACAGUGUGGUGACAUUUCUACCUCGAUUCCUGUAUGAGCAGAUAAGAAAAGCUGCAAAUGCAUUCUUCCUCUUCAUUGCCUUAUUGCAGCAAAUUCCAGAUGUCUCUCCAACAGGAAGGUAUACCACCUUGGUGCCAUUGCUAUUUAUUUUAACAGUUGCUGGCAUCAAAGAAAUCAUAGAAGACUAUAAAAGGCAUAAGGCAGACAGUGCAGUGAAUAAAAAGAAAACAGUAGUUCUAAGAAAUGGGAUGUGGCAGAACAUUAUGUGGAAAGAGGUAGCAGUAGGCGAUAUUGUGAAGGUCACCAAUGGGCAACAUCUUCCAGCAGACAUGAUCAUUAUAUCUACCAGUGAACCACAAGCCAUGUGCUAUAUUGAAACAGCUAACCUCGAUGGGGAGACGAACCUUAAAAUACGACAGGGCUUGUCUCAAACUGCUAGUCUCCAGUCCAGGGAAGAAUUGAUGAAAGUAUCUGGGAGGAUAGAAUGUGAAGGACCCAACCGUCAUCUUUAUGACUUCACUGGAAACUUGCGCUUAGAUGGCCAAAGCCCAGUUCCUGUUGGUCCAGACCAAAUCUUGCUGAGGGGUGCACAACUGAGAAACACUCAAUGGGUCUUGGGUAUUGUUGUGUAUACAGGACACGAUACAAAACUCAUGCAGAAUUCAACCAAAGCACCUCUGAAGAGAUCAAAUGUGGAGAAAGUGACCAACAUGCAGAUCCUGGUUUUGUUCUGUAUUCUCCUGGUAAUGGCCCUUGUGAGUUCUGUAGGUGCCUUAUUAUGGAACAGAACACACGGCGAAGUCGUCUGGUACCUUGGCUCCAACAAAAUGCUGUCUGUCAACUUUGGAUACAAUCUGCUGACAUUUAUAAUCUUGUACAACAACCUUAUUCCAAUCAGCCUUCUGGUGACAUUGGAAGUUGUCAAGUUUACUCAGGCUCUUUUUAUAAAUUGGGACAUAGAUAUGUAUUACCCUGAGACAGAUACACCUGCAAUGGCCAGAACCUCAAACCUUAAUGAGGAACUUGGGCAGGUAAAAUACCUGUUUUCUGAUAAAACAGGCACUCUAACAUGCAAUAUCAUGAACUUUAAGAAAUGUAGUAUUGCUGGAGUGACAUACGGUCACUUUCCUGAGCUGGAAAGAGAACGCUCAUCAGAAGACUUCAGCCAGCUACCUCCUUCCACGAGUGAAUCAUGUGAAUUUGAUGACCCAAGGCUGCUGCAAAACAUUGAAAAUGAUCAUCCCACAGCUGUACACAUACAGGAGUUCCUCACGCUGCUGGCCGUGUGUCAUACUGUUGUUCCUGAGAGACAAGGAAAUACAAUCAUCUACCAGGCCUCCUCUCCAGAUGAAGGGGCAUUAGUGAAAGGAGCAAAAAAACUUGGUUAUGUCUUCACAGGACGGACUCCGCAUUCAGUUAUCAUUGAUGCGCUGGGGAAGGAGAAAACCUUUGAAAUUCUUAAUGUGCUGGAGUUUUCCAGCAACAGGAAGAGAAUGUCAGUGAUUGUUCGAACUCCAGCAGGACAACUACGUCUCUACUGCAAAGGGGCUGAUAAUGUAAUUUUUGAGAGGCUUUCAAAAGAUUCCCAGUAUAUGGAGCAAACACUGUGCCAUCUUGAAUACUUCGCAACAGAAGGUCUGAGGACAUUGUGCAUUGCUUAUGCAGAUCUGUCAGAGAAGUCUUACAGAGAGUGGUUGAAUAUCUACAAUGAAUCCAGUACAGUUCUGAAAGACAGAACUCAGAAGCUGGAGGAGUGCUAUGAGAUCAUUGAAAAGGAUUUGCUGCUUCUUGGAGCUACAGCCAUUGAAGACCGCCUGCAAGCAGGUGUUCCAGAAACAAUAGCCACACUAAUAAAGGCAGAAAUUAAGAUAUGGAUUCUGACGGGUGACAAACAGGAAACAGCUCUCAAUAUAGGGUACUCUUGCAGACUCAUUUCACAGAGUAUGUCUCUCAUCCUGGUCAAUGAAGAAUCACUAGAUGCAACAAGAGCCUCUCUGACUCAACAUUGUACCAGUUUGGGGGAGUCACUGGGCAAGGAAAAUGAUAUUGCCCUGAUUAUUGAUGGCCACACACUGAAGUAUGCCCUUUCAUUUGAAGUCAGGCAGAGCUUUCUAGACUUGGCACUCUCCUGUAAAGCAGUCAUUUGUUGCAGAGUAUCUCCUCUACAGAAGUCCGAAAUAGUAGACAUGGUCAAGAAACACGUCAAUGCCAUAACACUUGCCAUUGGGGAUGGUGCCAAUGACGUAGGAAUGAUCCAGACAGCUCACGUUGGAGUGGGGAUCAGUGGCAAUGAGGGCAUGCAGGCAACCAAUUGCUCGGAUUAUGCCAUUGCACAGUUUGCCUACUUGGAGAAGCUAUUGUUGGUCCAUGGUGCUUGGAGUUACAAUCGAGUUACCAAAUGCAUUCUGUAUUGCUUCUACAAAAAUGUGGUUUUGUAUAUUAUCGAGCUUUGGUUUGCUUUUGUUAAUGGAUUUUCUGGGCAGAUCUUAUUUGAGCGAUGGUGCAUUGGUCUGUAUAAUGUGAUUUUCACAGCGCUGCCACCCUUUACUCUGGGAAUUUUUGAAAGAUCAUGUACUCAAGAUAGCAUGCUUAGAUUUCCACAGCUAUACAAAAUUACUCAAAAUGCAGAUGGUUUCAACACAAGGGUUUUCUGGGGUCACUGCAUCAAUGCCCUUAUCCAUUCCAUCAUUCUUUUCUGGUUUCCACUGAAAGUGCUGGAGCACGAUGCAGUAUUCACAAAUGGCCAGGGAAUUGACUAUUUAUUUGUUGGAAACAUAGUUUACACUUAUGUUGUAGUCACUGUUUGUCUGAAAGCUGGCUUGGAAACGACUGCAUGGACUAGAUUCAGUCACCUGGCCGUCUGGGGAAGCAUGCUGCUCUGGCUCGUGUUCUUCGGUGUCUACUCAGCCAUCUGGCCCACGUUUCCCAUUGCACCAGACAUGCUGGGGCAGGCUGGAAUGGUGUUAAGAUGUGGAUACUUCUGGUUUGGCUUGUUUCUCGUGCCCACUGCGUGCCUUGUUAAAGACGUGGCGUGGACAGCGGCUAAGCAUACCUACCAUAAAACUUUGCUGGAACAAGUUCAGGAGUUGGAGACGAAGACAAGAGAGCUGGGAAAAGCCAUGCUUCGUGAUAGUAAUGGAAAGAGCGUGAACGAACGUGAUCAUUUGUUAAAAAGGCUUGGCAGGAAAACUCCUCCGAGCCUUUUCCGUGCUCAUUCUGUCCAGCAAAGUGUAUCACAUGGGUAUGCAUUUUCUCAAGAAGAACACGGUGUUGUUUCCCAGUCGCAAGUUGUUCGAUCCUACGAUACAACCAAAAGGAGAACAGAAAUAGAAUAAAUGGUUUUUACUUGAUGGGUGGUGGGAAUAAUGGAAUUUGGAUCAAUGCAUCCACUGUUAACACAUUCUUGACUAGAAUUGGUGGCAGCAGUCAGAACACCAGAGAACUCAUUUCUGUGGCCUUAGCCAACAAGUUUCUGUAUUCUCCCUGCAAACCUUGAGUACAAAAUGUGGGGGGAAAUCAUUGUUUGACUUCAGUUGCAAAGCUCUGCCUAAAGUUUUGUUUAUGUUGUUAUGAAGCAUUUGACUGUGCUAUGUGAGGUGUGAAAUUAAAAACAAUGUUUUACCACUAUUUAAAACAUCAGCAUAAGGUUGUUCUGGGAGAAAAGCAGAAAAUUUAUGUUCCAUGAGAAACAAGCCUUUGCUUAAUUGGAAUGGGGUGCUGAGAUUUCCUGUUUUGUUACACACAGACCAAGUGCACAUGACUGCAUGCAGACUUUACUCCUUCUGGUAUUCACUGUUUACUAAUUUGGCUGAAAUUUUUAACAGAUCAUUUGGUGUAAAAUUUUUGAUUGCAACACAGUUUGUAGCUAAAAAUGCUUAUUUGCCUUCUUAUGACAGAAUAACACAAGAUAGCAAACAAUUACUUAGAAUAUUUCAUGCCCCCUUACACAAUUUAUUAGGGAUCUGUCUUAGCUUUCUGAAACCCAAUUAAUAGCUUACUUACAAAGCCAGGAUGUGGAAGUCAGAGAGCUUGGCAGGGCAGCUGUCUUGAGUGCAUGGCAUUGUACACAAAGAUUAACUCAAAUAGGUGCCUCCUCCUAACGCUUCAUGAUGUAUUUGGAUGUGCACUUCAAAUGUAGCUAGGGAUUUCCCUCCAUAAUUCCAUUCCCACUUUAAUAGUAGAACAAAACAGCGAGAACUUUAAAGGUACAAUCUUGUCAGGUAUGUUGAUACGGAAGAUAUGCAUCCACACAGGAGGCUGAUGCUGUAACCCUAAAGAAGCAUUUCCCUGACCAGGUAGGACAGGUUUGCGAAGAAAAGUUAGGAAGGGUUUACACACGUGUGCACACACAUGUACACAAACAGAGCUGGUCAUUGUGAAGAGAAGACCUGCUGUUUGUUUGUUCAGCCAAACCAGUCCCUCUUCUAGAUCUGAUCCAUCAACAGGCUUCCCAGGCUUCAGACCUGUGAGCCCUGGAAGAAAUGCUGGCUCCAUGGCCUUGCUGUGCCAGUGGGACAGGCGUGCUGCUGCAUAGAUUGGAAUUUGGAGGGGAAAAAAAAAAAAGGCAAAAACUGGCGCAUAAGUUAAAGCUGAAAGAGCUCUUAGAAAGCUUAUGCUGUCCUCCAGACAAGUUCUAUUAAUUUUAGUCCCCAAGCCAUGUUUCUGAAUAGUAUAAAGUAAAUACUGCUGUGUUUAAGCCAAGUUUUGUGGUUAAUGUAUAUACUACAUCUAUGUAUUUAGAAAGUUGGCAUUGUUUUUUGCCCUAUUGACCGUCAUCCAGGUUUUUUUACUGAUUUAAAUAUAUCCAAAAGCAAUUUGAAUAUGAAUAUUUAUGUUUAGAAAGGGAAAGGAAAGCACCAGACUGGCCAACUGGCUUAAUCUUCCUUAAGGGUUGUGAGUAAAUGCCAGUGCUCAAGUGUCAUAAUUCAAUUCCCAGUGCCACCUCAAAGGCUCAGAGUCCUCUUCCAUGUUAAAAAAGGCAAAUUUUGCUCCUGCAGCACCAGUCAGGAUUGGUCUUGGAUUAAGUUGAUGGCACAGAGGAAAAAGUCAUCACCUUCUUUCUGCAGUGCUAAUGAGACAAUUAUGCAGUAGGGGAAACAUGCAAAUAAUUUUGCCAUAGGCAUGAAUGUCAAGGGGCCAAGUGUGGAUGUGUGUAUUUUCUGGGAGAUAAAUUUUGUUUAAAGGCACGAAUACUAGUGCAGAGAAUAAAUAAGAGGAGAGUAAACCUGAUCCCAGGAGCUUCUAAAUCUUAAUGCUGAUAUAACCUGUUAAACACUUCCUUUUAUUUAGAACCCAAAUCUAUUUAGGAAAUCUGUGGUGUAAGCCAUUCCUCAGAACUGCUAAUUGUUUCUUCCUUUUGUAAAAACACAAGGAAAAUUAACUUCCCACCAAGACAAAAUAAGAUCAGCUUAGUCUUUGUACUCUAAGCCACACACCAAACAUUGGUAUGUAAACAAUUUGGAGGCUUUUCAUGAGGCUGCAGAAAGAAACUUUUAAAAGCCUCUGGAUAAUGAAGAAGGGCAAGUAAACGUGUUGAGCAGAGAAUAGAACGGAUCCUGGAGUCUUUUCUGUUCUUAACUUACUGCAACAAAUUUUACAGAACAUAAUGGGAAAUGCUGGGGAGGAGAAGCUGUCAUCUGAUGUGAUUUAUUUUAUUAGCGCAGACUAUGGGCUGUAUCAUUUUGACCUCCCUGUAAAUUGAGGUCAGUGUGUGUCACAAACACAGACCCUCCCCAGAGUGAAUGGUGGCUUAGACUGAGGUACGUGUGUUGGUUGUCAGCUCAAUGGGAAUUGCACAUGGGAUUUGUCACAGGGCUAUACAGUAUGUGACGCUGGGGCUAGUGGGUCAGACUUUAUCAUCACUGUAAGGCCUAAUCUCUAGCUGAGUUAAUUCUGUAGAACCCACCCAGGUCAAGACCUGGCAUUCUUCUUGUUCUUUGGAGUCAUUAUGGGAAUUAAUGUAUUGUAAUAUGCUGUAGACUGGCUGUUGGAGUUGCUUGUCUUCAUGAACAAUGAUGAGGUGUAUUCCAGCAAAAGGAGAAUGGCAGCUGCUCUGCAUCAACAGAAUUCCUUGUUCAUUAAGGCAAAUGCAUGUAGCAGUAACAGCAGCCUUUGAAAGCACUGUGUGAAAGUGUUAUCAACUAGACAGGGUAUCGGAGCAGAAGGAAUGGGAGAUUUCUGCAUUACCGUCCGGGCUUAACUACCUAGGGUUGAUCAGAAAAGGAUUUCCUGGGCAGCUUUCUGCACUGACCAAAAGGAGGUGGGUUUGAAUAUUCAGAAGGGAGUGGUGAUUUACCUAAAUUAAACAUGGAUCUGGUUGCUGCUUUUUGUAACACUGGAAUCACUGCUUGCAUAGAAACUGCUGUUCCUUUAAUGAUUGCCUAGUAGCAAAUUGAAGCUGGUGAGUGGGAGCCUGAGCUAAGCACUGCUGAGAAGUCUGUUGACAUUUUCUUUUCCUUGACAGGGCUUCAGGUCUUGCUGUAGGGAGCUAGCAUGGGAAGUCAGUAAUAACUUCUCAAGGAGAAAUGGCGAAAAACCAAUAAAAGUAUCUAGGUCAAACUAAGCUGCUAAUGUAUCUAAAAAUGUGUGUAGAGUUAACAUGAACUAUAUGGGCUGUAAAUUGAGAUAACAGUCAAGCCUCGUUAAUCUGUGCUUCACUAGACCACACGCCUCUCAGUGCAUGCCAAAACUGUGCAGUCCCCUGCCUCAGCCAGCAGCUAAUAGCAGAUGCUGCAGGGAAGUCUCCUCUUACCAAGAUUACAUUAUUUUUACAGCAUGUAAUGGAGUGUGUUUGCUGGGAGACAGUCAUAAUAAUAAAGUCAUAAAUAAGGAAGCUCAGGUGGACCAGAAUAUGUGAAAUGUAGGGAAUGUGACGUAGUCAGUGUCCACACUGGGUGCAACUUGGCCCUGUAUGGAGAACCCAAGAGCUUGGGAGGUGCAUGGACCUUACGCCGUCCCUGUCCUGCAAGCUUAUUUUGUCCUUUUGGGCUAGUUCACUAAAUCUGCUGUUUCACAUUGCCUCCAGUCAUCAGUGAAAGCUAGUGAUGUCCUAUUUACAUUGUCCCUUGGUUUUGUAAAAAAUUACUUAAUUUCAUCUUUAAAUGCUCUGACUGUACUUCUGGUAUUACACCUCACAGCUCAAGUUUGAAGCAGAGCAACCCUUCAGUGGCUGUUUGCCCCCAAGAAGCACUUCAGAUUUGUCAGGUUUCUCAUAGUGUUAAGCACUGAGGAUAAGUUUACCUUAGUUUUGGAUCCACCCAGUAUCAAUGUGUUAAACUUCAAUCAGUUUGCAGGAAAGCUCUUUGUGUCUUGUUGAGUCUAAAAAGAAACAGUGAUGGUAUGAAAUAUCUGAGGGGUCAGAGAGGAGAAUUUGUGCUAUACCUGAUGGGUCUGGGUAGCAGUUUGCUUCUGCUUCUGAAACACAGCACUGACCCUGCAUGUUCCUCAGUGUCUAGACAGUUGGACUCCUUCUGUCCUGUCAGUAAGGACCCUUUUACUCAUUUCUUCCAGUCUGACUAUGCUGCAGCUCUGUGCCUCCUCGAGAAUGCUGAGCACCAAGUAGAUCCAGACCCUUGUCCCUAUCUUGUACCUGCAGGGUCCCCUGGGCACAACCCUGAGACUGUCCAGCAGGCAGCUCUUAGAGGCACAGCUAAAGUGCCUAUCAAAUGAGGUUUGAAUUCAAAUCCAAGUGUUGUUCCUAGCCAUAAUUCAUAACUGUCCCUCCACGCUGCUCAGGAGGUCAUGAAUCUGAUGGCUGGACUUGUACACAGCCCACUCUCAUCCCACCAGUCAGGCCCUGUGUGAGCAAUCAUGUCACUGGGCAAGUGAGUUGACAGACAGUGAUGCUUCUCUUUGGCAUGUUGCUUAUCUGCAGACAUGUCACCGUUCCUCAGAAGCUCUCUGUGCAGGAGAUCCUGUUUUGAAGUGUGGCUCUCCAGGCCGGCUGAGAGGGGCAGCCACAGGGAGCUGACUGUUCCACAGCAUGGUAGCAUAGUUGUUUUUGUAUCAUAGACAGCCACCGGUGGGACUCUGCUAGCAGCAGCAGGGGUAAAAUGAGCUGUUCCAGGAGCAUAGCCCCUGCUUCCUUGGAAGUUACCUGUUAGUGCUGGUGAGUUGAGGCCUUUGACAUGACCCGAGCUUUCAGAGAGGCAGUUUCUUUCUGGAGCUUAUUCUUCCAGGUGCUGAGCUUUCUGGGUUGGUGAAACUAUACACACUGAUUUUUUUCUUAAAGCUGGGGGGUUGGGGCAAAUCUUGUAGGCUUGAUAACAGUUAAUACAACUCUAUUCCCAUUUUAUUUUUCCUAGUCUUAGAAUAUUGCUUAUACUGACUUCUCAAAACUGAAUAACUCCAGGAAGGAAGGAGCUCAGAUCUCUCAUCUUCAGUAUCCUAUAGACACCCAAGAGAGCCUUCACCACCUUUCAGCAUCUGUGACCAGAGCUGUGUGUCUGGAGAAGGCCACAGGACAGGUCAGUACAAUAGGAGACAUCAAAAUAAGUCCAUAUGGGUACAGAAAAUAACUCUUUCUGUACCUUUUCCAUAUGUCGCAGUAAGAUUAAUGGAGGAUUUGAGCUUUGUUGGCAAAUGAAAACCAGAAAAUGCCCUGUGCUGCUUGGCCCCACAAGUGAAUCCCAAAGGUGAUCACUUCUCCGUGACCUGCAGAAAGCCCUGACAGCCUGAUUGAGUUUAUCUGGCCAGGAAUGUGCUCUCGGAUUGGCUGUCUGGAGAGGUGAAGGUACUGGGAAACAGAAUAACUUGGCCAAGACCACUGCUGCUGUUAGAGGUUAGAGAAGGGAGGGAUUCCUCAGGCUUCCCUGAAGAGCUGUGGUAAAGCUUUCUUUGGUUCCUUCCUGAAGCUGAGUUUCUCUGGUACCAAGCUGAGUCCUGGGCUUGGAAAAAGGAAACGUGUCCCUGCCAGAAGUGCCCUCUGCUUAGCAUACUUUGGCUCUAGUGGGUUGUUUCAUGGGUUAUGAGAGAUUGCUAAAGUGUUUCCCAGCUACUGUUUUCCUCAUGGACACAGCAGAACUGAGCACUGAAAUUAUGACUGAGAAUCCUUCAUUAAGAGUUAAUGGGACUUCUUAGGUGUUGCUCCUGGGCAGGUUCCUGUCCCUCAGGCCGGUGCAAGGGACUUGUUAAUCUGGAGACCUGGAUCUUUUUGUGAUAGAGUGUGAAGCCUAGAAGUUGUUUCAUUUGGAUUCAUGGCCUGCUCAUUUGUGGUGUGGACAGAAGGUAAAGCAGCUGAGUACUGGUGCUUAUCCAAAGGCUACCUUUAUAUAUGAAGGUGAGACAAGUUCUCCUGAAGUCUGCCACAAGGGGUUCAUUCUCCUUCAGCAUCUCUGUAGCUACUAAAGAGAAAUAGAAGUGGGAAAAUGACAAAUUCUGUGUGAUCAAGGCCAGCUCUGGGCAGUCAAACAGAGGUCUAAUGAUGAAGAAAAGUCUAAUACAUUGCCAAAUUGUCCCUAUGCAUAGCUGGAAGGUCAGCACCUUUGUAAUUAUGGAGUGAUGAAGCCAAGGGAAAAAGCCAACAUUAACAGAAAGACAUGAUUAUUUUAAAUUCUAACUACCUUACUGGGUGGCUUCCCUGCGAAGAUGUUCCAGAUGUCAUCUUGGCAUAAAUUAAUCAAUUUCAAAACAUCUGCAGGGCUUCUUAGGAAACAUGGAGUUUACCAGACCAUGCAUAUGCUCUCCUUUGCCCUUCUGGUUGAUAUUUUGAUUCAGAAAGGGAAUGAGGGUACUUGCUUUUCUUACGGUCAAGACCUCACAGAUUGGGAAGUUGCUCAAAGUUGUUUCUAAACUCUUUAAAAAAAAAAAAAGAAAGGACUCCAGAUAUACAGCAAUGAGGCAGCCAAGCCCUCUGGGACUGUGUGCAUGUGUGUGUUGGAAGAACUGUCUGAUUUGAAAACCUCCCCCUGUCCCUCCUCCUGCCCCCAAAGUGCAGCCUAUUGCACUGGGAGGUCAAAUAUUCAGCGUCUUGAGUGACAGAAUCUUAACAGCAUCUUUUUCAUCAGCGAACCAAGUCAUGUGCCCACUUGUCUGUCAUAUCUGUACUCAAAUUGCUUAAAUAUUGUUUCAGAUGGGGACGUUUUAAUCUGGAUAUGCAGAGAGGAGUGAUGCUGUGGGGGAAUGUUUAAUUGGCUCCCAGCAGAGCAGCAGUGGUGUGUGGGUUUUUUCCUCUAGAAGUGUUACCAUUUUCAGGUCCUAUUAAUGUCCUUUGGUAGUUUAAAUACAGCAUCGCAUUACAGUGGAGUUUGUUUCCCUUCCAGACUGAAUACAAAUGAAGGUCAUUUACUUGUAUUUUUAGAAGGUUCAAAAAACUUAGACAAUUUGUAGCUUUGAACAGCAUUGUUGACUGUUGUACGUCUGCACAAAAAUAUUUCCAAUAAACCUUUUAUUAAAGCAA